AUCGACGCCACGCAGUAGAACGACAUCGAGUACUCAUGGCAGUAUGCGCAGUUUGCUUCGUUCCUCUUUCUUCAACUUUUUCGUGCUCUUUGGCGGCACCUUCAACUGCGCGUUUUUUGGAUUGAAGCAGAUAGCACAGCAUUUAUGGAGGUUUUUACAACUACUUCGUUUCGAAAAUAUACGGAAAAAUCAUCUUUAUCUGUAGAGCGACGAGUGACUCGAGCAGCAUUUGCGUUCUUCUUCCUCCUAGGUAGCAGAACCUUUUGUCAGCUAGUCCUGCAUCGAUCUCGAGCUCUGUAAUCCUAGGAGAGCGCCUACCUAUCACCUUAUUUUUUUCUCAAUCUUCUCAUGCUUAGGCUCAUGCUCUAAUAACCCUCGACCUUAUAAGUGAAAGCGUAAGUGAAGAUGAUAAAGGUGCUGACGAACGGUCAUCCGACAGCAGGGCUGGCAAGCUACGAGGGUCCGGACAAACCGCGUAUUCAGAAUCAUUUCUUCAAGAGGGAAUGC